CAUGCAUGUCAGACUUUAUCAACGGGUGCAACUGGAGGUUGUCACUAGCAUGGAGCUUUGGCUUCACCUAUCGCCAAGAUCAUUCGGAGAGACUCACAGCCCGCCUUGUCCCACCUCUUCAUCGACUUGCCAUUUUUCCAUGACCGCUCCAGCUGAUUCCGUGAAUAGAGUGAGGUAUAUAUAUACUCAUCGAACCAAUCUGUAAAGCUGGUUGAUCGGCAUGAGCAAAGCUGUCUCAACAGCAGUACAGGCAAGAAACCCUUUAAAACCACCAGAAGACAUAGUGUCCAAGGAUCCAGGCGCUUAACGAUAUGUUAACGUUAUCGUAACGUUAUGCAUCCUUUAACUGACAUAAUCUUCAGCGUUGUUGAUGGACCUCAUCAUCGUUGAAAGGGUAUUUAAUGUCAAAUUGCUUGACAGGAUGGCGGAUGAAUAUCAACUCUUCAUUUCUCAUUUCAGACGAUCACGACCAUCAUGACUGAAAACAGACAAUGCAACGUACUUGUUACUGGAGCCAAUGGUUAUAUCGGCUCAGCAGUUUGUCGAGCCUUUGUGAGAGCAGGCUGGAAUACCUAUGGUCUCAUCAGAAAUCCACAAGCUCGAGAGGAACUUGCACUUUCUGAAAUUAUUCCGGUAGUGGGAUCUUUCACUGAUCUCAGUUUCCUGGAAACACUCUUCGUAGAGGUCAACACUUUCGAUACAAUAGUCAGUUGCACGGAGAAGAUACCAGGCUAUGCUGCACACUUCGGAGAGGUUAUGGCUUGUGUCAAGAGACUGGCUGAGAAGAGCAACGAAAACGGAGUCCGACCUCUGGUUCUCUGGUCGUCUGGCUGCAAGGACUAUGGUAAGACUGGACUGCACGGCACCCCUGGUCUUGUGCCUCAUACUGAAGCGUCGCCAUUGAAUGUACCAGAGAUAUUGAAAGAGCGCACGACAAACUCUGCCAAGGUCUUCAACUAUACGGAGCUCUUUGAUGCGGCGGUCAUCAGACCAACAUGCGUCUUUGGAUAUUCAAACAGCUACUAUGGCGCUAUAUUCGACUAUGCUGCCGAUCAGCGAGAAAAGGGAUCCGAGGUUCUUCGGAUUCCCGGAGAUCCUAACAGCAUCAUGCACGCAACUCAUGUUGAUGAUUGUGGCAGGGCCUACGUUUCUCUUGCGGAACUUGACGAUCGACGAGCCGUAGGCUGCCAAUUCUUCAAUGUGUCUGGCUAUCGUUACGAGACACUCGAAGAGGUUGCAGGAGCUGUAGCCAAAGAGUACGGUUUUGACAGAGGGGUUCAGUUCGUCCCAGCUUCUGAGGCAGAGCCAUCAUUUCCGCCAGGACUGCAUUUCGUCUUCAGCUUCAGUCAAUGGGUAGGAAGUGACAAGCUGCGGUCUUUGACGGGAUGGAAAGAUAAACGAGAGUUGUUUUCAAAGGGGAUACACGCUCAUAGGCUGGCCUACGAAGCCUAUAAGGGCCGGGGUAAUGCCAAUGUCGCUGAAAUACAGAAGAGGAUUAGAGUGAACUUUAAUGCAGAGAAUUAACAGGGGCUCAAAAAUUAGUAGCUUGGGACGAUCAAAUGCGACUCGGCAUCU